UUCGACAAUCUCCCCGAUAAUUUGACCGAGGACGAGAUUGCUGACAUGCUAAACGACCUGGAAAUACUGGAGCAGGAGCUAAUGGACCAAAUCCCACCGACAAAAGUGGCACAGACUCGUCUUGAACGGCGAACCUAUCGACCGGGCGUUGACCUUUGCAGAGAUGGGCCCCAAUAUGGCCUGACUGAUGAGGUGAAGCAGUUGGAGAGCACACGCCAGGCCCUCUUAAUGAAACAACAUGAGGCCAGGUGA